UAUUAAAAGCAAUUCCUCUUCAUAUCAGCUGAUAAGCAUCGUGAUACACCAUGGCAGCAGCAGGAGCCGUAAAAUGGGUGAUACCAAAGAGAACUAUCUUGAAACAUUUAUUUCCAAUCCAAAAUGGAGCUUUAUAUUGUGUUUGUCAUAAAUCUACGUAUUCUUCUCUUCCAGAUGACUAUAAUUGUAAAGUAGAGCUUGCUUUGACAUCCGAUGGCAGGACAAUAGUAUGCUACCACCCUUCUGUGGACAUUCCAUAUGAACACACAAAACCUAUCCCUCGACCAGAUCCUGUGCAUAAUAAUGAAGAAACACAUGAUCAAGUGCUGAAAACCAGAUUAGAAGAAAAAGGUGAACAACUUAAGCAAGGACCCAUGAUAGAACAACUUAGCAAAAUGUUCUUUACUACUAAGCACCGUUGGUAUCCUCGUGGACAGUAUCACAGACGUCGUAUGAAACUGAAUCCUCCAAAAGACAGAUGACAUUGAGGUUCUUGGGGAAAUCAAAGAGACCUAUGCCUCAUUUGCCAUUUGUCACCUGAGAAAA